AAGAAAGAAAAGCAAAGCAAAGGCAAGUAAGUUUCACCAGAAGAGGGCACAAAAACCCAUUUUUUUUCACCAAAAGGGACAUUCAGAUCCAGAGAGAGCACUUGUGGAAGGCAGAUAGAUAUGUGAAUCACAGAAGCUCUCCCCUACAUUUACCAACAGAAGAAGGAGUUGUAAUAAUAUUAAUAAUGCGGAGAGGGAAGGUACAGCUGAGGAGAAUAGAGAACAAGAUCAACAGACAGGUGACUUUCUCCAAGAGAAGAGUGGGUUUGCUCAAGAAGGCUCAUGAGAUCUCUGUGCUUUGCGAUGCUGAAGUUGCUCUCAUCGUCUUCUCCCACAAGGGGAAGCUCUUCGAGUAUUCUACUGAUUCCUGCAUGGACAGGAUCCUGGAGAAGUAUGAAAGAUACUCAUUUGCUGAAAGACAAUUAGUUCCUGAUGAGCCUCAGUCGCCUGCAAAUUGGACACUGGAAUACAGCAAACUCAAGGCAAGAAUUGAGCUCUUGCAGAGAAAUCACAGGCAUUAUAUGGGUGAAGAACUGGAAAACAUGAGCUCAAAAGAUCUUCAAAAUCUGGAGCAACAACUCGACACUGCUCUUAAGAACAUCCGAUCUCGAAAAAAUCAGCUCUUGCAUGACUCCAUAGUAGAGUUGCAGAAAAAGGAGAAGGCUAUUCAGGAGCAAAACAGAAUGCUGGAGAAGAAGAUUAAGGAAAAGGAAAUGGAAAGGCAACAGCAAACACAAUGGGAACAGCCGCAGCAUAACCACUGCAGCAAUGCACCACAAGCUCUUGUAUCGUUGCCGCCGACUCCGCCUUCCUUCUUAAUGCCAUCUGAGCUUUCUACCUUAAACAUCAAUGGAGGCGGCGCAUACGGAGAUCAAGCAAGGAGGAACGAGCUCGACCUCACUCUCGACUCGCUCUAUUCGCCGCAUAUGGGAUGCUUCACAUAAUGGCAAUGGCAAUGGCAAUUGGAAAUUGAAAUUUUCAGGUUGAUCAUGCAAAUGGGAGCAAUAAGGUAACCAGGGAUAUAUGUUUGAUGUUCAAUAAUGAAUGAUUAAGAUGAUGAUCUGUGUCCUAUAUAUAUGUUGUAAUUGAAUUUGCUACUGCUCUUGAUUAUAUUUCAUCACUAUCAUUGUAUGUGUCAUGAUUAAAUGUAUUCUGGGCAAUAUGUGUAUAUCCAUAAAAGGCCUUCUGCUGUAAGAACAUAUUUAUUGUUUCUAUUGUCUUUUAAGAUUAUGUAAAAUGACU